CCAAAAAAAUUUGUUUUCUCACACCAUGUUUUUCAAAUAUCACUACUGCAUUUUACUCAUAUUGAUCUUUGCCAUCUGCAUAAAAGCUUCCAAGAUUCGACGCUACCGCUUCGUCGUUAGGGAAGCUUUAUAUGAAAGAUUAUGUGAGAAAAAGUGGAUUUUAACAGUGAAUGGGAAAUUCCCAGGCCCUACUCUCAAGGUUCAUGCAGGGGAAACCAUUAUAGUGGAUGUAUUCAACAAGGGAAAUUACAAUAUUACCCUUCACUGGCACGGAGUGAAGCAGCCUCGGAAUCCGUGGACUGACGGCCCCGCGUACGUCACCCAGUGUCCGAUCCAGCCCGGGAACCAAUUCAGUCAAAAGGUCAUAUUCUCCAAGGAAGAAGGGACGCUGUGGUGGCACGCCCACAGCGACUGGUCCCGUGCCACGGUGCACGGGGCCAUCGUGGUGCGCCCGAAGCCUGGGGGCACGUACCCAUUCCCCAAGCCCGAUAAGGAAGUCCCUGUCAUACUAGGGGAGUGGUGGAGGGAGGAUGUGAUGAAAGUUUUGGAGGAAUUUGUUGCUUCGGGAGGGCAACCGAGGAAUUCCGAUGCGUAUACUAUAAAUGGGCAGCCUGGGGAUUUAUAUCCUUGCUCGUCGCCUCAUAUAUUCGUUAUGAAGGUGGACCACGGCAAGACGUACCUCUUACGCAUAGUCAAUGCCGCCAUGAAUGAGAUCCUCUUCUUCGGGGUGGCGCGCCACGCCCUCACACUAGUCGCGACCGACGGGUGCUACACCACUCCGCUCACCAAAGACUACAUAGUGAUUAGCCCAGGCCAGACAAUGGACUGCCUCCUCCACGCCGACCAGGCGCCGGGCCAGUACUACAUGGCCACCCACCCCUACACAAACGGAUUCGGGAUCACCUUCGACAACACGACCGCUACCGCACUCCUCCAAUAUUCCCGCACCCGUCCUGGCCCGCCCGAAUUCCCCAAACUACCCUUGUCCAAUGACACGUCAGCAGCCCUAAACUACACCUUUAGCAUCAAAAGCCUAAUGUCCAAACUCCACCCAUUCAUAGUCCCUCAAAAGAUCGACAAACAAAUCAUCACCACCGUCUCCGUCAACGCCUUCCCUUGUGGGCCCGGGGAGACCUGCGCCGGCCGCAACGGGACCCGCCUCGCGGCCUCCAUGAACAACGUCAGCUUCGUGGCCCCGCCGAUCGACAUCCUCGAGGCCUACUUCUACCAAAUCUCCGGCAUAUUUAGCAAGAAAUUCCCUUUAUCUCCACCUUUUGUGUUCAAUUACACGUCCGAUUUCAUCCCAUUCGAGCUACAAAUUCCUAAAAGGGGCACCAAAGUUGCAAUGUUGAGGUACAACUCCAACAUUGAGGUCAUUUUCCAAGGUACAAACCAAGUGGUGGGGCUUGAUCACCCUAUGCAUUUGCAUGGAUUUAGUUUCUUUGUUGUUGGUUGGGGAUUUGGCAACUUUGAUCCAAUAAAAGAUCCCUUGAGCUAUAAUAUCGCAGACCCGCAGAAGCGUAACACUGUUAUCGUGCCCAAAAGUGGGUGGGUCGCAAUUAGGUUCACUGCCGACAAUCCAGGGGUGUGGUUCUUGCAUUGCCAUUUUGAGCGGCAUACGACGUGGGGGAUGGAGACGGUGUUCAUCGUGAGGAGCGGAAGAGGGGCGGAGGAGCGAGUGCUCCCGCCGCCGCCGGAUAUGCCGCCGUGUUGAUCUUUUCCGGUUAUAGUAGUGCCUAUGUUAAUAGUUCAAGUGUUUGAUAUUUUCAUUUAUUAAUUGAUUUUAAAGUGUUGGACGUGAUACAAGACGUUUCUAAAAUAAUUGAAUAGCACUUUA